AUGAAUGAGGAGAUUUUAAAAGUUUCCCUCUGCUAUAGGAACAGAGAAACUCUUGAAAUGUGGUCAAGUGUGAUGGUUGAAGAUGUGUAUCAAUUGAAUCCUGGUUGUGUUUCAGGAAAAAUCAGACGUUUUAUGGAUAACAAAGCAGCUGGCAAGGAAGUUUCACAGGAGCUGGCCCGGGAGUCACUUAUUGGUAUAUCUUAUUGCCUACCAGAUAAGAUUCUGAAUUCAGAGGUUGUGCCUCAGGCUGUCAAUGGUGAGGAAAAGCUUCCAGUCAUAAAUGGUGAUGAAGCUGAAAAGUACAGAUCUGAACUAAUUUCCAUUUCAUACAGCCAAUCUACUUAUCCUGCAACUUCACCAGUGGCAUUAGAAAACAACGAGGGUUAG